CGAUGCUCCUUGGCGGCGCUGCGGGAUGUGGGACAGCUACAGCCCCGAGCACCGGGGUCGCUUUGGGAAGGGUUUCCCCGCCCGCAUCGAGAAAGCCGCGCCCGCGGCAAAGAGGGACCAGGGGCGCGACCAGGGGUCUCGCCACGGUGCUGGCCCGUGGCUUCAGAGGAUGGUGAAAGGGUCUCGCUGUGGACCUGCAACCUCGAGACGGCCUCGGCGAAAGUCUGUGAAGUGCCUUCGCGCUGGGGGGAGCGGGGCGGGGGCUGCCCCGGCGGGGCCCCUCCUCCGGGGCUGGGCCUGGGCCGGGCGGAGCGAGCCCCCAGUCCCCGGAGCUGCCGCGGUUGUGGAGAGAGCGAGUGAGCGGCGGUCGGUCUGGGGUACUGCGUGCAAGAGGAGCCCGGGACAACGCUGCGGGCAGCCCGGGCGCGGGGCCGGGGCAUUGCCAACCAUGAGGCGGCGCGGCAAGGGCUGUCUCUCGUCCGCGCCUCCGCAGCUCCUGCUGCUGCUGCUGGGAGCGCUGCUCCGCGCCAGAGGUGUUACAAGUAGCAGUGAAUGCUCCUGUGGACGUAAUCAUUUCACAUGUGCUGUCAGUGCUUUUGGUGAAUGCACCUGCAUCCCUGCUCAAUGGCAGUGUGAUGGAGACAAUGACUGUGGGGACCACAGCGAUGAAGAUGGCUGCAUGCUGCCCACUUGCUCCCCUUUGGACUUCCACUGUGACAAUGGGAAGUGUAUUCGCCGGUCAUGGGUCUGCGAUGGAGACAACGACUGUGAGGAUGAUUCUGACGAACAGGACUGCCCUCCACGGGAGUGUGAGGAAGAUGAGUUCUCAUGUCAGAAUGGAUACUGUAUCCGAAGCCUGUGGCACUGUGAUGGUGACAAUGACUGUGGUGACAACAGUGAUGAGCAGUGUGAUAUGAGGAAGUGCUCAGAGAAGGAGUUUCGUUGUAGUGAUGGUAGCUGCAUAGCUGAGCACUGGUUCUGUGAUGGUGACACAGACUGCAAGGAUGGCUCUGAUGAAGAAAAUUGCCCAUCGGAUGUUCCAGCUGCCACUUGCAGCUUGGAGGAGUUCCAGUGUGCAUAUGGACGCUGCAUCUUGGACAUCUACCACUGUGAUGGUGAUGAUGACUGUGGAGACUGGUCUGAUGAAUCUGACUGCUCAUCUCACCAGCCUUGUCGCUCUGGAGAGUUCAUGUGUAACAGUGGCUUGUGCAUUAAUGCUGGCUGGAGGUGUGAUGGAGACUUCGACUGUGAUGACCAGUCAGAUGAGAGGAACUGCACUACAUCUAUGUGCACAGCUGACCAGUUCCGCUGUAAAUCAGGGCGCUGUGUGCGUCUGUCCUGGCGCUGUGAUGGGGAGGAUGACUGCUCUGACAACAGUGAUGAGGAGAACUGCGAGAACACAGGGACCCCUCAGUGUGCUCCAGACCAGUUCCUGUGUGGGAAUGGACGUUGUAUUGGCCAGAGGAAGCUGUGCAAUGGAGCAAACGAUUGUGGAGAUGGCAGUGAUGAGGGGCCACAUCAAAACUGCCGUCCACGAACAGGGGAGGAGAACUGCAAUGUCAACAAUGGUGGCUGUGCUCAGAAGUGCCAGAUGGUACGAGGGAUGGUGCAGUGCACCUGCCACACAGGUUACAGGCUCCUGGAAGAUGGGCGAUCAUGCCAAGAUGUGAACGAAUGUGCUGAGGAAGGUUACUGCAGCCAAGGCUGUACUAACAGUGAAGGAGGCUUCCAGUGCUGGUGUGAGCAGGGCUAUGAGCUGCGGCCUGACAAGCGUAGCUGCAAAGCCCUAGGACCAGAGCCAGUGCUGCUCUUUGCCAAUCGAAUUGAUAUCCGACAAGUGUUGCCUCAUCGCUCAGAGUAUACACUGCUCCUGAACAACCUGGAAAAUGCCAUUGCCCUUGACUUCCACCACAGCAAAGAGCUGGUGUUUUGGUCUGAUGUCACUCUUGAUCGCAUCAUGAGGGCCAAUCUGAACGGUAGUAACGUGGAAGAGGUGGUUUCCACAGGGCUGGAGAGCCCAGGUGGGCUUGCUGUUGACUGGAUCCAUGACAAAUUAUACUGGACAGACUCUGGGACAUCUCGGAUUGAAGUAGCAAACUUGGAUGGCACUCACAGGAAGGUGCUUUUGUGGCAGAACCUGGAGAAGCCUCGAGCAAUUGCCCUACAUCCUAUGGAGGGCACUAUCUACUGGACUGACUGGGGCAACACUCCCCGCAUUGAGUGUUCCAGCAUGGAUGGCUCCAACCGGCGCAUCAUUGCAGACACACAUCUCUUCUGGCCCAAUGGGCUGACCAUUGACUAUGCAGGACAUCGAAUGUACUGGGUGGAUGCCAAGCAUCAUGUCAUUGAGAGGGCUGAUCUUGAUGGGCAGAACAGGAAGGCUGUUAUUAGCCAAGGCCUGCCACACCCAUUUGCUAUCACUGUGUUUGAGGACAGUUUAUACUGGACAGACUGGCACACCAAGAGCAUCAACAGUGCCAACAAAUUCACAGGCAAAAACCAGGAGAUCAUCCGUAACAAACUCCACUUCCCCAUGGACAUCCACACGCUGCAUCCUCAGCGUCAACCAGCAGCAGGGAGAAACCGUUGUGGGGCCAACAAUGGGGGCUGCACUCACCUCUGCCUGCCCAGCAGCAAGGAUUAUACCUGCGCCUGCCCCACAGGCUUCCGCAAGACCAGCAGUCAUGCCUGUGCCCAGAGUCUUGACAAGUUCCUGCUUUUUGCCCGAAGGAUGGACAUCCGUCGGAUCAGCUUUGACACAGAUGACCUGUCAGAUGAUGUCAUCCCCCUUGCUGACGUUCGCAGCGCGGUGGCUCUAGACUGGGACUCAAAGGAUGACUAUGUCUACUGGACAGAUGUUAGCACUGACUCAAUUAGCCGAGCAAAAUGGGAUGGAUCAAGCCAGGAGGUUGUUGUGGACACUAGCUUGGAAAGUCCAGCAGGACUGGCAAUUGACUGGGUCACCAGCAAGCUGUACUGGACUGAUGCAGGAACAGAUCGGAUAGAAGUCUCCAACACAGAUGGGACCAUGAGAACUGUUCUAAUCUGGGAGAACUUAGACAGACCUAGAGAUAUUGUGGUGGACCCUGUUGGAGGGUUCAUGUACUGGACUGACUGGGGAGCCAACCCAAAAAUUGAGCGUGCUGGUAUGGAUGCUUCAAGCCGCCUGGUGAUCAUUUCCUCCAACCUGACAUGGCCUAAUGGUUUGGCCAUUGACUAUGAGUCACAACGUUUGUACUGGGCAGAUGCAGGCAUGAAGACCAUUGAGUAUGCUGGUCUGGAUGGGAGCAACAGGAAGGUGCUGAUUGGGAGCAAUCUCCCUCACCCCUUUGGACUUACACUUUAUGGUGAGAGAAUCUACUGGACAGAUUGGCAGGCCAAAAGCAUCCAGAGCGCAGAUAGAAGGACUGGACAGGCCCGGGAAAUGCUGCAGGACAAUCUGGAGAAUCUGAUGGAUAUUCAUGUUUUCCACCGGCACAGGCCACCAGUACAUACAGCCUGUGAAGUUAACAAUGGAGGCUGCAGUCACCUAUGCCUUUUGGCACCUCUUCCAAAAGGUUACAGCUGUACCUGCCCUACUGGAAUCAACCUGCAGUCUGAUGGCAAGACCUGCUCUCCUGGAAUGACCAGCUUUCUGAUCUUUGCCAGAAGGACUGACAUACGAAUGGUCUCUCUGGAUAUUCCCUACUUCGCAGAUGUCGUUCUCUCAGUCAAUGUCACCAUGAAGAACACAAUUGCAAUUGGAGUGGAUCCUUAUGAAGGAAAGGUUUACUGGUCAGACAGCACACUGCGGAAAAUCAGCCGGGCUGCUCUCGAUGGGUCACACUUUGAGGACAUCAUCACUACAGGUCUGUUGACUACAGAUGGACUGGCCGUGGAUGCUAUUGGCAGGAAAAUAUAUUGGACAGAUACAGGGACAAACAGGAUUGAAGUGGGCAACCUUGAUGGCUCCAUGAGGAAAGUCUUGGUCUGGCAGAACCUGGACAGCCCUCGGGCAAUAGCUUUAUACCAUGAGAUGGGGUAUAUGUACUGGACAGACUGGGGUGAGAAUGCUAAGCUGGAACGCUCAGGGAUGGAUGGCUCUGGACGUGUGGUGCUGAUCAGCCACAACCUGGGCUGGCCUAAUGGACUAGCAGUGGACAAAGCUGGGUCCCAGCUGCUCUGGGCUGAUGCACACACUGAGCGGAUUGAGGCUGCAGAUCUCAAUGGUGCUAACCGCCACACCCUGCUGUCUCCAGUGCAACAUCCCUAUGGCCUCACUUUGCUGGACUCUUACAUCUAUUGGACUGACUGGCAAACGCGCAGCAUUCACAGGGCUGACAAGGACACUGGUGCCAAUGUUAUCCUGGUGAGGGCAAACCUGCCUGGCCUCAUGGAUAUUCAAGCUGUUGAUAGGGCACGGCCCCUGGGCUUCAAUAAAUGUGGAGUUCGUAAUGGUGGUUGUUCCCACCUCUGCUUGCCUCACCCCACUGGCUUCUCCUGUGCCUGCCCUACUGGCAUCCAGCUGAAGAGAGAUGAGCAGACAUGUGACUCUUCUCCAGAGACCUACCUGCUUUUCUCUAGCCGCGCUUCUAUCCGUCGUAUCUCACUGGACACCAGUGACCACACAGAUGUGCACAUACCUGUCCCUGAGCUGAACAAUGUAAUUUCUCUGGACUAUGAUAGUGUAGAUGGCAAGAUAUAUUACACAGAUGUAUUUCUUGAUGUCAUCAGACGAUCUGAUCUGAAUGGCAGCAACAUGGAAACUGUUAUUGGUCAGGGUCUGAAAACCACAGAUGGCUUGGCAGUGGACUGGGUUGCCAGGAACCUCUACUGGACAGACACAGGACGAAAUACCAUAGAAGUAGCUAGGCUGGAUGGGAGCUCCAGGAAAGUGCUGAUCAAUAACAGCCUGGAUGAGCCCCGAGCCAUUGCUGUCUUUCCCAAGAAGGGGUACCUCUUCUGGACAGAUUGGGGUCACAUUGCUAAAAUUGAACGAGCAAACUUGGAUGGCUCUGAACGUAAAAUCCUGAUUAACACUGAUCUAGGAUGGCCUAAUGGAUUGACUUUGGAUUAUGACACCAGGAGGAUUUACUGGGUGGAUGCACAUCUUGAUCGCAUAGAAAGUUGUGAUCUCAAUGGGAAGCUACGGCAAGUGUUGGUCAGCCAGGUAUCACAUCCCUUUGCUCUGACACAGCAAGACAGGUGGAUAUACUGGACUGACUGGCAAACCAAAUCAAUCCAGAGAGUGGAUAAAUACUCUGGGCGGAACAAAGAGACAGUGCUAGCCAAUGUCGAGGGACUGAUGGAUAUCAUUGUGGUUUCCCCUCAGAGACAGACAGGUACUAAUGCUUGUGGAGUGAACAAUGGAGGCUGCACUCACCUCUGCUUUGCUAGAGCUUCUGACUUUAUCUGCGCAUGUCCAGAUGAACCCGAUGGGCGGCCCUGUUCUACUAUUCCUGGUGAUGUAUUCCCUGGUCCUGAACCCACCAGGCGAAGUGAGAGAAGUCAAACAUUGCCUGGCAGAGCAGAUACCUCAACAACCAAACCUCUCACAUCUCUGGAAACAGUGGAAGGAAACUGCUCUGACAAAGAUGCCAGGCGAGGCUUGUGUACCCAUGCCAAUGAGGCAGUGUUGGCAACCAUGGGAGAAGGACUGCAUGUCAGCUACAUUAUUGGAGGUCUUCUCAGCAUCUUGUUUAUUUUGCUGGUUAUUGCUGCUUUAAUUAUAUAUAGGCAUAAUAAGUCCAAGUUCACAGACCCUGGUUUGGGGAACCUAACCUACAGUAAUCCGUCAUAUCGGACGUCUACCCAGGAGGUGAAGAUUGAAGCGAUUCCCAAACCAACCAUGUACAACCAGUUGUGCUAUAAGAAAGAGACUGCUCCUGACCAUGGCUACACCAAGGAGAAGAUCAAAAUUGUGGAGGGGAUAUGCCUUUUAUCCAGUGAUGAUUCUGAGUGGGACGACCUUAAGCAGAUUCGGAGCUCCCGAGGAGGGAUCCUCCGGGACCAUGUCUGCAUGAAAACGGACACGGUCUCUAUUCAGGCCAGUUCUGGAUCACUGGAUGACACUGAAACUGAGCAGCUGCUACAGGAAGAACAGUCUGAAUGCAGCAGUGUUAACACAGCAGCAGCCACUCCUGAACGGCGUGGCUCACUCCCCGACACAGGCUGGAAACACCAGCGCAAGCCCUCCACAGAGAGUGAGGUCUAAAGUACAUGUGACUUUGGAAAUGCUCAGACCCUCCCAAACCUCUGCUCUGCACAAAAAAAGACAGGACUCUGCCUGCUGCACAAGGAAGGGCACAGAGACUAGCCUCUCUUGUGAGGAGCCCAGAGACUGACUGUCUUUCUGCAAGGAGCUUGGGCAGCUGUGCUGUUGUGUUUGGAGAGGGAGGAUGGGUGGGUUGGAACCCAGAGACCCUUUUUGUUCAUUUUCAUUGUCUGUGGUUUAUUUAUAUGUUCCCUUUUCCUUGAAGCUGCCACAUUAACUUCUGCAGUGAUUCCUCUGGCCUGAAUCUGGUUCAGAUUCUGUGUUCUCUGGCAACCUGCAAGUCCUGUGCCAUCCAGGUCACGGUCUAUGCCCAUGAAGAGAGCAGAGCUGCCUCAUUGCUAGCUCCUGGUCACAGAAGUUCCCCGUGUCAUUCCAGCACUAACAGCAUUCUUGGAGGCUUUGUGUUGAGGGGUCUCUGACUUGAGAGAGGUCUUGGAACAGAUGGGGUUUGGGAUUAAAGGGGACUCUGAUGUAGCAUCAGGUCACCUUUUAAGGGCAUAAGUAGGGCAACCACAGUUGCCAUGACUUGCUUCAUGAGAGCAUCACUUCUUAUGUUCCCAUCUGCUAGUGGAAAGAAAAAAAAAGAAGAAUGCUUACAUCGGAGCACUGUGUCUGUUGCUGGCAGUGGACACUGCUCCUGUUCUCCCCUUCCUGUUAAAACAUGUUUCUACCCUGGAAAAACAAGAGUCAGCAAAUGGCCCUUUCAGAACUGCUCCCUGUGGGUACUGCAGCCAGAGUGCUCAACGUGAAGAAAGCUAAUGGGAGGAAAUGGAUCUCAGUAAGACCUAAAUUCCACUCUCACCUUUGCAUAACUGAUAUAUAAACAAAAUAAAAUUUGCUGUCUCCACUAGUCCAAGUUCUGCAAGGUCCAAAUUCUCCUGGCUUUUAGGACCUUUGAUUACCAUAAUGAGGGAAAAAAGAAGAAUUCCUAGGUCGAGUCUUUUUCCCAGACUGGGAAUGGUCAGUGCCGACAGUUGCAAACUGUUUUAUUACUGAGCUGAGCCCAUUUGACUUAAAAUAGGAGACAAUAAUCAGGGAGCUGUUGUUUAUCAGAUAGCAUUGCACUUUAAACUCUUCUGUCACCACUAAAUAGCUCUUCUUGCAAAGUCGUCUCUCCCACCAGCUGUAUGAGCUUCAGCCAUUCUCUGGCCUCCAAGGGUGUUACACUCUAGAGAGUUUAAGUCUACCCUUGUAGCUUGCGUGCUCCUAAGGACUGCUGCCACCUUUUCAUAUCCUCUUGACGUCUCUUGUCAUCUGUUUUGCUCAGAGGGAAAAAAAUAGAGAGAAUAUCUCUUAAUACCUCUUUAAAAAUGAGAUUUACAUUAACCUCUCAAGUUGGAUGGAUACUGCCGUGGUACAAUAUUAAGUGCUAAGUCAGAUACUUGGAAAUGAAGCUUUUCAAGUGAAGAAAUUCUCACACUUUGCAAACCCUUUAUCUCCUGGGAAGAGGUCAAUUACAUUCCCACCUGUGGGAAUGAGCCACAAAAACGAUGAAGGGGUUGGAACAUCUCUGCUAUAAAGACAGGCUGAGGGAGCUGGGAUUGUUUACCCCAGAGAAGAGAAGGCUCCAGACAGACCUAAUAAUGACUUUCCAGUACCUGAGGGGAGCCUACAAGAAGGGUGGAGAGGGGCUGUUUACGAAGGCCUGUAGUGAUAGGACAAGGGGCAAUGGCUUCAAAAUAGAAAAGAGUAGAUUUAGAUUGGAAGGUGGCGGAACACUGGAACAGGUUGUCCAGGGAGGUGGUGAAGCUACCAUCCCUGGAGAUAUUCAAAGUGAGGCUCAAGAGGGCUCUGGACAACCUGAUCUAGUUGAGGAUGUCCCUGCUUACUGCACAGGUGGUUGGACUAGAUGACUUUUGGAGGUCCCUUCCAACCCAGACCAUUCUAUGAUUCUGUGGUAUAAAGAAAGCAGAGCAAACACUAGGAGUAUGGCUUAGAGGUGUGGGGAGGGCACAUCUCCUGUGCCAUAUUUUCUCAGCUGGUUUAAAAAAAAAAUCCAUCCUAUUCUGCUCUAAUUUUUUUCAUAUACUAACAGUCCUGCUGUUCCUGAAAAACAUGACAGCUGCCAGCAGGUUGGCUGUAAUUUUUACAGCAAAGGUAGCUUUGCAGAAAGUGGGGAAGGUUGCAGCAUCAAUGUGGCUAGGUAGGUUGAAACUGUUCGUAACUGCACCAUUGGGCUGACUGGUGUAUAUUCCUGUGGAAAAUGAAUAUCCCUGCAUUAAUGUGGGACUCUUCCCUACUUCCAGAGGGUUGGUUUGUUGCUUUUAAAAUUAGGGGUUUAUUUAAUUAUUUAUUUGAUUGACUCCAGCCUGGGAAACAUUGUUUUUUGUUGGGCAGAGGCACUUUUGGACUGAGGUGUGGACUCAACUGGGAACUGAGAAAAAGGUGUGUAUCAUUAACAUGGACCUUGCUUGUCUAAGCUGCCUCAUUCAUGGACAACACUGGAGGGCUCAAAUAUAGGCAGAAGAAUCAAUUUGAACAGAAGUCACUUGUAGGGACAGGUGUCAGAUCUGGGAGUGACUGGGUGAACGAAGGAGAAAGGCUCUGACUUUGAGAGCAGGAUUUCUUUGCAUUUUGAGGUGGAUUUGGUUUGGGGCUUUUUUGCCCCAGUAGCUUAGGAGAGAGUACACAAAAAUCCUGAGGUGGGAUAAGGGUAAAAGAAAACAUCAAGUAAGACUUGUCAUUUGAGAUUAAGUCAGCCUGCCAAAAUAAUUGCUGUCCAAGUUGCAAGUGCAGAGCAUAAAGGAAAACCCAGUCAGCCUUUUUAACAACUCAUGGUGUUUGUGCUCUCCACCUUUACAAAUAGUCUCCAUUGCUUCUCAGAAAGGACCCUGCACACUUCAGCCUAAUAACCAUUCAUAACUUCUCUCUGCUCCCUUUCUCAAGUGUUAAUGGUGAGAAGGAGCAACAGAAUGUCUCACAGCCUCCCCUCUAGCAGUGAGGUGGGCAGAAAUUAGUUUCUUGUUCCUAGAGACAGCCCCAGUGAGAUACUGCCUAGGGCUUGCAUAAUAGUUUGUCGUUCUGGGGAAGAGAAGACCCUCAUUGCACUUAGGAUGUUAAGAAUGUAGAAGGGCCACUGGAGGAUGAUCUUUUGAGCACUGAUUUACUAUGUAAAAAGCAAACCUCUCUCCUGUCUGUCUCGAGCUAAUGUCAGUGAUUUCCGUGUGUUCCUGUGUAAUGGUUUUAACGUUACUCACUGGAGACAUUGGAUUUUCUGGACUUAUUUAACCACUGUGUUUAGUAUUUUAGGGGUUGAUGAUAAUUUAAUAUAAAUUUAGCUUUUUUAACCA